GCUCUGACCCCGGGGCCAUCGGCCAGGUUCGCGCGCGAGACCGGGGCGCGCGGACGCCGGCGCCAGGCUGAAGAACUGACUGCAAGUCUGCACAGUUUUAAGAAAAAGGCCUUUAAGAAAUCCAAAGCCUGUGGUGUUUGCAAAGAAACCAUUGACGGUCAAGGGAUUUCGUGCCGAGCCUGCAAAUAUUCCUGCCACAAGAAAUGUGAAGGCCAGGUGGUGACACCCUGCUGUGUACAAGUCCACCGGGAACAGGUUCCUGGGAGUUCCACUCUGUCCUCAGCUCUCCACUGUGAUAAGCCUCCACGGCCUAUGAUCCUGAGCUCCACCAUGGAGGACAGUCAUGUGCUGGAUCUUACCUACAUCACAGAGCGCAUCAUCGCGGUGUCCUUCCCCUCCACUUGCUCUGAGGAGUCCUACCUACACAGCCUACAGGAGGUCACUCGCAUGCUCAAGUCCAAGCAUGGGGACAACUAUCUGGUAUUAAACCUUUCAGAAAAGAGAUAUGACCUUGCAAAACUUAACCCAAAGAUCAUGGACGUGGGCUGGCCAGAGCUGCAUGCACCACCUCUGGACAAGAUGUGCACCAUAUGUAAGGCACAGGAGUCCUGGCUGAACAGCGACCCGCAGCACGUGGUUGUGAUCCACUGCAGGGGCGGGAAAGGACGCAUUGGAGUGGUCAUAUCUUCCUACAUGCACUUCACCAAUGUCUCAGCCAGUGCUGACCAAGCCCUGGAUAGAUUUGCAAUGAAGAAGUUUUAUGAUGAUAAAGUUUCAGCUUUAAUGCAGCCUUCCCAGAAGCGGUACGUGCAGUUUCUCAGCGGGCUCCUGUCCGGCUCUGUGAAGAUGAAUGCCUCUCCCCUGUUCCUGCAUUUUGUCAUCCUGCAUGGUGCCCCAAGCUUCGACACAGGGGGAGCAUGCCGGCCCUUCCUGAAGCUCUACCAGGCCAUGCAGCCUGUGUACACGUCGGGAAUCUACAAUGUUGGCCCAGAAAACCCAAGCAGGAUCUGCAUGGUCAUUGAGCCAGCCCAGCUGCUGAAGGGGGACAUCAUGGUGAAAUGCUACCAUAAAAAGUACAGGUCGGCCACUCGUGACGUAAUUUUCCGUCUGCAGUUUCACACUGGGGCUGUGCAGGGCUACAGGCUCCUGUUUGGGAAGGAGGAGCUGGACAAUGCCUGUAUAGAUGAUCGAUUUCCUGACUACGGGAAGGUUGAGUUAGUGUUCUCAGCCACACCUGAGAAGAUCCAAGGGUCUGAGCACCUGCACAGCGACCACGGGAUAAUUGUGGAUUACAACACGGCUGACCCUCUCAUCCGCUGGGACUCAUACGAGAACCUGAGUGCAGACGGAGAAGUGCUGCACACACAGGGCCCAGUGGAUGGCAGCCUCUAUGCCAAGGUGAGGAAGAAGAGCGCCUCAGAUCCUGGUGGACCUGGCAUCUCCCAGGCCGGGCCAGCCACCAGCAGCCCCGACCACAGUGACCACACCCUGUCUGUCAGCAGCGACUCGGGCCACUCCACUGCCUCGGCCAGGACUGAUAAGACAGAAGAACGUCCAGCCCCAGGGACCCGCAGAGGCCUCAGCCCCCAGGAGAAGGCUGAGCUGGACCAGCUGCUCAGUGGCUUUGGUCUGGAAGAUUCGGGAAGCUCCCUCAAGGACAUGACUGAUGCUCGUAGCAAAUACAGUGGGACCCGCCAUGUGGUGCCGGCGCAGGUCCACGUGAACGGAGACGCUUCCCUGAAGGACCGGGAGACUGACAUCCUGGAUGAUGAAGUGCCGCACCACGACCUGCACAGUGUGGACAGCCUGGGCACACUGUCGUCGUCAGAGGGGCCGCAGUCUGCCCAUGUGGGGGCCUUCACCUGCCACAAGAGCAGCCAGAACUCCCUCCUGUCCGACGGCUUCAACAGUAAUGCUGGCGAUGACUCCAGUGGUGCCCUGGCUCUUGACCUGGGCCUCGGUGGGGACCCCAUCUAUGAGCGGGAGCCCAUGUUUGGAGGCCGGGAGCCCAAGCAGCUGCAGCCUGUGCUGAGGAAACCCUCGGUGCCCGCCCCGGGGCAGGCCUACGGGCCAAGCAGCUACUCCACUCAGACCUGGGUGCGCCAGCAGCAGAUGGUGGCUGCGCACCACUACAGCUUUGCCCCCAAUGGGGAGGCCAGGCUGUGCGACCAGGGUGCGGCAGAUAAUCCUGGCCUUGGCCAGCUUCCCCUGCCCCAGGUUCCAGUCACCCCCAGCCGUGGAGCCAGUAGCAGAGUGGCCGUCCAGAGGGGCAUUAACCAUGGGCCCAGCCCUGCUGACAUGCAACCAUCCUUCCCCAGCAGAGCGCUCCACACUGGGUUCCCAGAGGCCAGAGCUGUGAACGGAGCCCAUCCAGAGCCGAGCUCUGGCCCCACCCCGGGAUCACCUACCUUGGAUAUUGACCAGUCAAUCGAGCAACUCAAUAGACUCAUCUUAGAGCUGGACCCCACUUUUGAGCCUAUCCCCACCCAUAUGAAUGCCCUGGGCAGCUCGGCUAAUGGCCCCGUGUGUCCAGUCAGCAUGGGUGGUGGGCUCCGGGGAAGUGGCAGGCUGCCCAGCACUGCUGACGGCCCUGGCAGGAGUCCUGGGAGGCAAGGCUCUUCCAGUGAUGAGCCACUGGGUGGAAGACUCCGGAAGCUGAGCCUUGGACAGUAUGACAAUGAGGCUGCGUGCCAGCUGUCCUUCUCCAAGUGUGGAUGGGGAAAAGCUGCUGUGGAUCCAGCGCCAAGCAUGACACCAUUUCCAUCUCCAGCAGACAUGAAAGAGACAAUGGUCGCCGCUUAUCCCCCAGACCUUGAUCUGAUCGAUGGCAGGAUUUUAAAUAGCAAGGAAUCUGCGUGUUCGACCCCAGCAUUUCCUGUGUCUCCAGAAACACCUUAUGUGAAGACACCUCCACGAUACCCUCCAUUCAGCCCACCUGACAUCCAGCUGAGCGGCCCAGUCAAUCUGUGCAAAGGACUUGAGCCACGAGGCUGCCCAGAAAUUCUCAGCCACACCGUGGGGAUGUCAGAGAGUCCUGUUGGACCCAAAGCCGCCAUGCUUCGGGCUGACGUGGCCUCCACACCCAGCCUUCAGCAGGCAUUCACAUCUUCCUGUACGAUUUCAAGCAAUGGCCCUGGCCAGAGGAGAGAGAGUCUGCCUUCUGCAGAAUGCCAGUGGGCGGAGAGCAGCCCCAAAGCCUCUGUCACCCUGCUGGGGGGCCGUCGGCCCUCAGGAAGCCCUCUGGGUACCAACGAGUUCUCCAGCUCUGGCAAGGACUCUCCAGGGCGGCCCUGCUUUCCCUCGCCAGCGCCCCAGCCCUCGAUGCACAGCCAUGAGCUGUCUGCAGUGGAGCCCCAAGAUGCCCUCCCCCCCACAGGGAGCCAGGCCUUCCUAGGUCUCAGCACUGCCCCUGUGGGAGGUGGCCUUCUGCCUGGUGAGGACCCAGGGACCUUGUUGGCCAAUUGCCAUGGGGCAUCACCAGCCCCUGGUACCCCGCUGGCCUCAGCGGGGGCUGUGGAUGGCAGCUUCCCACCCCAUAGCUUCCUCACGAUGUCCCCUGGACGAAGCAGCCACCACAGCCCAGGCCUGCAGGGUCAGGGAGUGACCCUGCCCGGGCAGCCACCCCUCCCUGAGAAGAAGCGGGCCUCAGAGGGUGAUCGCUCUUUGGGCUCAGUCUCCCCCUCCUCCAGUGGCUUCUCCAGCCCCCACAGCGGCAGCACCAUCAGCAUCCCCUUCCCAAAUGUCCUUCCAGACUUCUCCAAGUCCUCCGAAGUGGCCUCACCUUUGCCAGACAGUCCAAGUGAUAAACUUGUGAUGGUGAAGUUUGUUCAAGACACUUCCAAGUUCUGGUACAAGGCGGAUAUUUCAAGGGAGCAAGCCAUUGCCAUGUUGAAGGACAAAGAGCCUGGCUCAUUCAUUGUGCGGGACAGCCACUCCUUCCGAGGGGCCUAUGGGCUGGCCAUGAAGGUGGCCACACCCCCUCCCUCCGUCCUGCAGCUGAACAAGAAAGCUGGAGAUUUGUCUAAUGAACUUGUCCGGCACUUUCUGAUCGAGUGUACCCCAAAAGGAGUGCGGUUGAAAGGCUGCUCCAAUGAGCCGUAUUUUGGGAGCCUGACAGCCCUGGUAUGUCAGCACUCCAUCACGCCCUUGGCCUUGCCCUGCAAGCUGCUUAUUCCAGAGAGAGAUCCAUUGGAGGAAAUGACAGAGAAUUCUCCCCAGACUGCAGCCAAUUCAGCAGCGGAGCUGUUGAAGCAGGGGGCAGCCUGCAAUGUGUGGUACUUGAACUCUGUGGAGAUGGAAUCCCUUACAGGUCACCAGGCGGUCCAGAAGGCCCUGAGCAUGACUUUGGCCCAAGAGCCAGCCCCGGUGUCCACGGUGGUGCACUUCAAAGUGUCCACACAGGGCAUCACCCUGACGGACAAUCAGAGGAAGCUCUUCUUCCGGAGGCAUUACCCCGUGAGCAGCGUGAUUUUCUGUGCUUUGGACCCACAAGACCGGAAGUGGAUCAAAGAUGGCCCUUCCUCCAAAGUCUUUGGAUUUGUGGCCCGAAAGCAGGGCAGUGCCACAGACAACGUGUGCCACCUGUUUGCAGAACACGACCCGGAGCAGCCAGCCAGCGCCAUAGUCAAUUUCGUGUCAAAGGUCAUGAUUGGCUCCCCAAAGAAGAUCUGAGAGCCCCUCCUAGCCCAGAACCCCCACCAAAUGCCUCUUGAGAUGUUCACAAUGGCAGUGGGAUGAGGCAAGGCCCUCACUUUGUAACACCCCAAUAAUCCUGACAGUCCACACAAACAAGAACAAUGUCAGCAAGGGUUGACCUUUUCCUGAGAGGAACUUAUCCGCCACUUGUCUGUAAAGCACUUUGGAGUAGAAGGAACUUGGCCCAGGGGUUCCUGGCCAGAAAGCCAGGGGAAAGUGCUGUGCCAGGAGAGAGCAUGGAAUGCGAGGUACCCCGUGUUCUGGCACACCAGCCUCGGGGAGGGCAGAGUACUGAACCCACUGGGCAGGAGCCAUCUUGUGCAUCAACGCCCUAGGCCGGCAUCUCCCUCCCUCCCUCCCACCACUGAGAUGCGGAUGAAACUGAGAAAGGGACGCAUGUUUGAAGAAGGUUCGAGCAGGUCAGACCCUUCCAGAAAUGGAGGAGCCGUGGACUAGGGGACAGCACUGUGGGCUACGAGGAUGAGGGCGGCUGGAUACCAGGCAUGGAGGAGUGUGCAGAGUCAAGAGACCUACCUACCGCUCGUGGGGAGACUCUGGCUCUGUGCAUAGAUGGAGCGCUGGACUGGAGAGAGCCCGGAAGGACCUGGAAGGAGAAGGGAGAAGAGGGAAGCAAAAAUGCCAUUUCUGUAUAAUUUAUAUUUUACUUAAUGCCAAAUUAUUUAUACAGUUUGCCAUUGUUUGACGGCAGCUGCAGUGUUCAAGAUGUUUGUCCCCUCAUGGGCCCCCGACCCCUGACCUCUAGAAGACAAGCAGUGGUAUGGGGGUGACCUGAGAGUCCCCCACCUGCGGUACUCCGAACAGGCGGCUUUGCUUUCAGAAGCCCAACCUGUGCUUUGUAUAUGGACAUGCCUUUUCCAGGCUGAUUGCCUCGAGUCCUGGGAAUGCUGGGGUGAGCCUCUCACCCACUGUGGUCCUGGCUGGAGUCCUGUGCAGGCCUGAAUGACCUUUGUAAGGUGCCCCGUUGCUGCUUCGGGUGGCACCUGCAGCUUCCCUGUGUCACAUGACACUCGGGGAAAAGAGCAAGAAUUCCAGCCGGGCGCUGAUGACUCACGCCUAUCAUUCUAACUACUCAGGAGGCUGAUCUGAAGAUCAUAGUUAAAAGCAAGCCCUGGCAAGGAAAGUCCAUGAGACUCUUAAC